UGGUGAAUCCAGAAUGAAUGCUACAUUCACUAAUGUUGAUUGAAAAAUAGUGAAAAUAGCUCCUUCUGGAUUCACCAUGCUAACAACAACUUGGGCUACAAGUCAAACCAUUAUCAGUAGUUAAACCCAAUGGUGAAAAAAUCACAUUGGGUUUGUAAAUGGGUCCGUAAAUGUCACUCAAGGCGUGUUGUGUGGUAGAGGGUAGCUAGCACCAAUCCGUAACAUGAGAUGUUGAACACAGAAGCACUAGACUCACACUCAUUGAACCUGCGCAGUGAGGAAACUGAUACGAGAUGCAAUGGUGAUAUAAAUGAUAGUGGUUCACACAACAACACAGAGGACAUGUCGGUGCUCUAUUCUUCUGUUCUGCAUUUGGCAAUGCUUCUGAGUCUCCACUCAGGUUUGCAGAACCUAUCUACACUGCCAAAUCCAACAGCAGUCACAUUACACAAAGGAAAUUCAGUGACAAUCCACUGCACCCACAAUUUACCCAAUGACAUUGAAAUAUUUACAGUAACUAUAAAAGGAACAGAGGUGCUGUGCUUUUCUCAGUUUAACAGACAAGAGUGUCUGGUGUCGAAGACAUGUAAAGAAAGCAUACAAAUUAAGUGGAAUAAUGAGACCAGAGAAAUCUUCUUUUCACUGAUGAAUCUACAGAUAAAUGAUUCUGGACUUUACUCUUGUGAAGUGAAAAGAGCUGCACCUCCACCUGCACAAGUUUUCUCAAAAAACAUAACUAUUUGUGUAACAGCCCCUCCUUCAGUGUCUGUGUCUGAUGUAAAGGAGUCCAGUAGUGGACUUCCCAUGUUGCUGUGCUCCUCUCAGGGGUUUUACCCAAAGACCAUAGAGCAGGUGUGGUUUAGAGAUGGUCAGCUCCUCAACACCAGACUUUCAGACAGGCAGAGAGAGGUCAACACAGAUGGUUCCAUCACAGUCCACUCCUACCUGCCUCUGUCCUCAGGACCCAGCCAGGCUGGCCUCUAUCUCUGCUGGGUCAACCACUCUUCCCUCAGCCAUCCCAUCACUGUCAAUCACACAGUCAUGUCCAAUGAUGUCCAAGUGCGUUGGCCAUUUAUUGUGGUCAGCAUUGGAGCAGUCUUGAUUCUAGUGGUCCUCAUCAUCAUGAUCAUCAAGUGUACACAUUUCAAGAGAGUCAAACACCUUUUUCUUCUUGGAACAUCCCAAGAACCAGUCCACACUGACUCCUCCGUGACUGAGAACAUCAUCUACUCAACACUGGGAGACCAUCAUCCAAUCACUCUCUCCACUGCUGUACCAACAUAGACAAGGGAUCAACAAGCAGUACUGUACCAAUAGACAGUACCACCUGAUGUACCAAAUCCUAGGAUGGGAUGCUAGCUGCAGAUGAAUCAUGUAGGACUUUCUCAGAAUCACCAUGUUUGGGACACUUGACUGGGGAAUGAAAAAAAUAUAAAUUUGCUUGUAGGCUAUCUAUUCUAAUGAUGUGCAUAAAAUACAUUUGAUGUUGAAUGGUUGUCCAUACUGUAAUGCCUCUGAUUAUGUUAAUCUCAGAUAAUCCAAUGACGACUGUCAUUGAUACCAGUAAUACUCUCUCUAUGUCUGGGUAGCAGCCCAGUACAAUUCCUCCUCCCAGCUGCCCACUGCACUGAGGCUAGGAAACACUGUCACCACUGAUAAAUCCAUGAAAAUUGAGAAUUUCAAUAAGCAUUUUUCUACAGCUGGCCAUGCUUUCCACCUGGCUAUC